UGUGCAGAUUAACAGUUCUACCCAGCCGACGCAUAUUUUUACCUGUAACGCGUUGGAUGGUACAUAAUGCCAAAGUUGCUCAAAGGGAGAACGGCAAAGCCUCGGGCGCCUUUGCAAGCAGAGUCUUCAAGAAAUGCUUCAACAAGCUGAUUGGUCUUAUGAAGCUCAUUGAUGUAGUGGAAGAAAAGUGGGACCAGUUUGUGAACGUUAAGUGUUUCAAGAAAGCACUGGAUGAAGGAUAUCCCGACUACAGCCAGGACUGCGUCAUGGAUGGAUCGUUCGGAGAGGUCCUGAUGGGGGACGAACAUCUGCCUCGUGUCCACACAGUGUUGAACUGUAUGGAGGACGCGGUCAAGUGAAGACCCAAUAUGAUUGGUACACUUCGUUAGCAUGUAUUACACAUACUGCUUCAUAGUGAACUGACAUUUAAAUUUUAAAGAAAAAUGUAACCUUUUUCGUUAUCUUUAUUAAGGUCAACCAAGACUGCAAGACACCCUCUCCCUGAUUGAGUGUAGGUACUGAUUCUGAACAAUAAAGAACGCACACAAAUA